UCUCCCUCUAAUUCUUUUGCAUCAACCAGUGCGAUGCUAGGCUUUUACAGAUCAUCAACGCUUCGUCUUGCUUUAUACUAUUAAACAAUGAUGACAUAUUAUUUAUAUAUUUAUGUAUUAUUACUAAAGAUUAUUUCAGGCUCGUACACUUUUACAAUAAGAGGAAGAGAUUCCAUUAUUUUGAAGAAGAGCAUCUGAAGGAAAAGAGCUGCGGCGGUCGAUCUCUGCUUGAUCUUUCAGCCGUCGAAACCGAGAAUUGGAGCAAUGGAGAACCUGGAAUGCAAAGGGAGUGUCUUUAGAAUUCGAAAUUGUGCUUUUGAUCUCCUAUCUUUGGGUGAAGAUCUGAUUGAUGUUGAUGAUGAUGAUUCCUGGUGGGAAUUUAUUGGAAGGGAUCUGCGCCUCAAAUCCACUUUCCUGUAUUGUGAUAUCUAUCAUGUUAUCUCAUAUUAUCGUGAUGAACAGAAGAGGAAUCUGACUGACCUUGCCAACAGAUUGUUCCAUUACAUGGAAGAGCUUGACAAUGCGCUGAAGAGCCGGAGCAUACCUUUGGCACAGAUCUGUUUCAGUGAUGCAGCUCUUGUACUCAAGGAAGUUGUGGCUUCACUAAUUCCUGGUUUUUAGGUUUAUGUAAAUAUAUCAAAAGGGAGGUAAUUGAAGCUCCAAAAACUCAUAACUGUAUACUUGGAAAGGAUUCUUACCUGAAAAUUUAUUCAAAAGAGAUCUUGCCAUGCUCUUCUAAUGUAUGGGGAAUAUAUAUUGAUGUAAAUAGGAAGCUUCCAACAUUUAAGAAUCAAGAGAGAAUUAAUUAA